CAAUGAAGAGAGGCUUGAAGGCAUGGUGUUCAAGUUUGAGGACUGGCAUGCCAUUCGAGUGCUUUUUGAGAUACACUACAAGGUAUUCUUCAGUGGCAAGUCUGGCAAGGACCAUGGCACGCUGUGUGCCAACAUGACAAAGUUAAGUUGUGACAACGCACAAAAAGAAACACAUUUGCUCCAAUCAUCGUCUUUUGUAAUGUGUUUCAAUAACAAUUGCACCACUUUCCACUAUAGAGUGACCCCCUGCAAAUCGGGUCUAUGAAUUGACAAGUCUGGUGCAGCAAUGCCAAGCAGGGUCCCCGUGCUGACUACAAUGCCUACAAGCACUUCUUCACCACUGACACAACUGCGCUUUUCCUAGCGGCUGCUGUGGAUCUCUUUGGGUUAAAAGAUGUUGACGAAAUACCAGAUUCGUUUGUACCAGAGGAAAUACAAUCUGCUGCACCUGAGUUAAGGAGAGCCUGGUUACAUGAAAGAACAUCUGAGGUGGUGGACAAGUGCAUCAUGCUUGGGGAUGUGCCACAGGCUGUUGCUGGUGUCACUGAAUCCCCCCUGAGCUCUACUCAUAAGAAACAUUAUCCCUGUAGAGCUCACGGUUGUCAACAAAGUUACACCUAUCUCAAAUCCCGAGACAACCAUGAGCUUAAAAAGCAUCACAUACAGAUGUCUUUGACAGAACUGCAUGAACACACACCAUCUUCCAACCGUGAUCACAAACAAGAACACACCUUGGCGCGGCUUAGCUUUGGGUUCUUUCUCAUGGACAUGUUGGAUGCUGUUAAAGAGGGUGAUGGGGAGAGACUAAUGAGGUUGUACAGGGUAGCCCUACUGUAUUACAAAGCAUACGGUCACAGCCAUUAUGCCUACAGUACCUUUCUACUGACGCUGCAGGUAAACGCAUCUCUGACACCCCAGAUGGCACACAGGGUAACCUGGAACAGGUUUUGGAGCACCCGGGGUGGGAAGGGUUGCAACAUACCCCUUGAUCUUCAUCUGGAACACCUGAAUAACUUCCUCAAGUCUUUCCUGAAGGGUCUGGGUCCAAAUUUGUCUGAAGAAGCAGCACGUCGGGUCAGUCAGUGCAUUGGUGUUUUUAGAGGAAUGAUGGACAAAGUAGAUGAAGAGUUGGGUGUCAAAAGUCCAACUGGCACCCAUCGUGCUGCACAGCAAGAAACUGAUGUUUUAACACUGGUAGAGGUUUUCAAGGAGGAGCAGUUGUUUAAAGUUAUUCAUGGUAGACGGUUUCAGGCCUUCCCAGGCUUUGAUCAAAAUCUUCUGCGGAUUAAACAUAAAGAUCUCUGGCAGUGGAUGAACGGAAAACUGAAGGAGUGGAGAAAUCGGAAAAUAUGAAGGGAACACUUUGAA